AUGAAGGAUCGCACGUCUCUAGUGGCUAUAUUCUCUAUACUUUUGAGUAUCAGUUUGGUAUCUUUCUCAGCUUGGUACAUUAAAUCAAGUAUCAAUGAGUAUCAUGAGUUUUUUGCUCAGUCAAUGAGAGAUUUUGAAGAAAUUGAUAAGUUAACAAAUGAUGCUUGGUAUGAUGCCGUGAGGCUCGAGAAGAGAGAAGUACCUACCGUUAAGUUUGAAAAAGCUUUCGGUUUAAGGUACAGACGUGACCUUCCAUCUCAAUGCAGCUGUAUGAAAAGAAAUUCUUGUCCUCCAGGCCCUCCUGGCCCUCGAGGCUCUAAAGGGGAAGAUGGAGUUCCUGGUUAUCCUGGUCCAGCAGGUCCAAACGGUAUACCUGCUGAAGACAUGAAUGCUAAUGGAGACUACACAUCAAACGGCUGUAUCAAAUGUCCCGCAGGCCCUCCCGGAUCAAAAGGUAUGCCUGGCCGUGUUGGAUUGCCAGGUCCUAGAGGACAACCCGGACAAGAUGGAACACCUGGUAAAAACGGAAUUGAUGGUGUCAGAGGACCACCUGGAGAUAAUGGAAAACCAGGAUCUUCUGGACGAUUGGGAAAUCCAGGAAAAACAGGAGAACCAGGGUACAGAUAUCGGGCAGGGUUACCUGGUCGUAAGGGUAUGCCUGGACCAAGAGGACCACCUGGACCUCCAGGAGAAUCCGGAGUUGCAGAAGAAGGCCCUGACGGAAUGCCCGGGCCAGUGGGAGAGCCUGGACUCACCGGAAUGCCCGGUCCUAGAGGAAGACCAGGAGAGCCUGGCUUGCCUGGAUUCCCUGGCGAAGACGCAGCUUAUUGUUCUUGCCCUCGUCGUGAUGAAGCGAUUGAUGUGAAACACACAGAACAAAACACAUAUGGCGAUGAAAAACCUGAAGAAAAAAGGGCUUAUUCAGAGGAGAAAGUUACUGAAACAUCUGGUUAUGAGAAAAGUUACGGUGCAGUAGAAGAUCAGACAUAUGACAUGUCUUUCUUGAGCACUUCUUCUCCUGUGUAUAAGAAGAAACUUCGCUAUAUUUGA